UUUUGAGCUUCUUCUACUGAGUAACAAACCGAUUUAGCGAUACUCUUGGUGUGAUAAUCUAAGAUAUCACUUGAACUGUAAGAUAUAUGAUCAUCAGCCGAAAAACGCCAAGCGUCUUCCCCAGGGGACAUGACUGCAACCUGCUUUCAUUCCACAUAUACCUAGAAGCAGCACAUUUUCAUGGCCCCCGCCUGACCUGAACUGUGCAACAUUUGCCUUUUCAUCCCAGAUCAACACUGCCUACUUGCCAGCUCCGCAGCAGCCAGGAUGGCAGAUUCACUGGAGAUGGAAAACUACACGACCGACUUAGACAGCUUGCUACUGACAACAGAAUUUGACUAUGGUGCUGCAACAGCAUGCAAGAAUACCGAGGAAAGGCACUUUGCAGGAAAAUUUUUGCCACCGCUUUACUCCUUGGUGGUGAUAUUCGGCCUCAUCGGCAACGUGCUUGUUGUCCUUAUCCUGGUAAAAUACAAGCGACUGAAGAGCAUGACCGACAUCUACCUGCUCAAUUUGGCAAUUUCUGAUUUGCUGUUUAUAUUUUCCCUCCCUUUUUGGGCUUAUUAUGCCGCCCAGGAGUGGAUUUUUGGAGACGCACUCUGUAGAAUUCUCUCAGGCGUCUACCUCCUUGGCUUCUACAGUGGGAUCUUUUUCAUAAUCCUGUUGACCAUAGACAGGUAUCUGGCCAUAGUGCAUGCAGUGUUUGCUUUAAAAGCCAGGACAGUUACCUAUGGCAUCCUCACCAGCACUGUCACGUGGGUUGUUGCUCUUUCAGUCUCUCUCCCAGGCUUCUUUUUUCACAAAAGCCAAAAGGAAUAUUCACGUUAUACAUGCAGUGCUCAUUAUCCACCAGAUCAAAGAAAUGCAUGGAAGCAGUUCUUGACCUUAAAGAUGAACAUACUGGGACUUAUUGUCCCCAUGCUCAUUAUGAUCUGCAGCUACACACAAAUUAUAAAGACAUUACUGCAAUGUAGGAAUGAGAAGAAACAUAAAGCAGUCAGGCUCAUUUUUAUCAUCAUGAUUUUCUACUUUUUUUUCUGGGCACCAUACAAUAUCACUAUUCUCUUGCGUGAUUUUCAAGUGUCAUUAUCCCUCAAUACUUGUGAAAUCAAUGGUCAACUGGGGAAAGCCAUCCAAGUGACAGAAACAAUUUCAAUGAUCCACUGUUGUAUCAAUCCUGUGAUUUAUGCCUUUGCUGGAGAAAAGUUUAGGAAGUACCUUCAUUGCUUUUUCCGAAAGCACAUUGCAACCCGCUUCUCUAAAUAUUGUCCAGUUUUCUAUGCUGACACAGCUGAACGGGCUAGCUCCACCUACACACAGUCCACUGGAGAGCAAGAAGUUUCUGCUGCAUUGUAAACUGUGUCUAGUGAAAAAGUGGAAUUAACUUUUGUGAAAUCAAUUCUGUGAAGGAAGCCUCGAAAGCUGUUGUCUGGAUAUUGUCUCUAAGGUGGCCACAGAAGAACACGGCACAUACGCCUACCAAACCUUGUACUUGUUCAUUCAUAUGGGUAUUUGUACAUAAAUGAAAAGGAUGGAUCAAAUUAGCUAGCUGGAUAUGCAAAUGUAGGAUUCUGCAAGGAAAGAAGUAUUCUCUUUUUUUGUGAAAGUAAAAGCAUAGCUUUAUCCUGAAGGACCUAAAACUCCCAAAGACUGGAGGCUUUCUCUGCACACUAAGCUAGCAGGCUCAUACACAGAAUUUUUGAAUUAAUUCAAAAGGAGGUUAGAAAUCGAUACUGGUUCUUUGGAAACAUCUCUUGACUGGACCUUACACAAGAUAUCUCACUCAUUUAAACUCAGUGUCAGCUCCACGCUUUACCAGCCUAAUUGUGUACUUGUGCAGAUAACGCUAAAUUAUGGAGGUCUGUGAUAUAGAAUCUUUAGAAGGGAUAAGGGAAAAUGUUAUAUAUUUAAAAGAGCUUCUAAUAUUUCAAGGUAUUGUUUCAUUGUGUACAGUCAAGUACCAAUAUUUUGGGUCUUUUCUCAUGUUAGUCUUAACUAUUCGAUGUCAAUACCUAAGUUACUCAAGAGUUUGGGUAUUUCAGGAGGCUCUCUCAAUCAAUUGCUGUUUUAUAUGUUACUCAUAUUGAAAAGCUAAUCAAAUAUACAAUGGACUAACGUUGAUCAGCAAAGCAAUGUGUUUGCAACAUUUAAACAUUACAGUAUUACACAUGGAGCUUUAACUAGGGUAGAUCAAAUGUGUACUAUCAGUCAAUAGGGUUUUGUUUUUUUCAGUGCAGUGAUUUUUUUGCCAUUUUGCUAACCAGCAUAGUUAUAGGGAAAAACUUAAAAUAUGAAAUUAAUGCAGUGGUAGUGGCUGCAAAAACACAACAGCAUUAGAGGUGUGGAAACGUUUUCUAAAUAGGGUUGACCCAGAUGUUUACAGAGAUAAGCAUAUGCCAUGAAUUUUUAAGUUAUCAAAACAUAGGAACAAGUGAAAGAAUUCACUGAUCCACAAAGUCAAGGGGCACUUCCUGGUUUUACAAGUAGGUAUCAUUUGGGGGCUACCAAAAAUGAUACGACCAUUUUUAUGCCAUUUGGUAGUUUUAAAGAUAAUAAAAGCUUUCUUAAUUAGUAAGAUUGACGGCCAUCUAUGACUGGGCUUUUGCUAAAGGUCAGAUCCUGCAGAGCACUUGAACACACAGAAAAAUUGAAGAAUGGGGAUACUAACGUGCUUAAGGUCAUACCUUAUCUGCACGAUUACUUGAUUCAUGCCAAACUGUCCUUCCUAGUGUUUGUUACAUUUCCCCUAAGACACUUGGUUUUGGCCAACUCUGGAAAUAGAAAUAUAAAAAAACAAUGUUCUGAUUGCUGUUCUUAUCUGGUAGGGUUAUUUCUGUUUCCCAGCUCCUCUAAAUAUCCUUUUAGAUAAUAUUUCCAAAUAAGCAAAUGUUUCCAACAGCCCCAAAGAAAUCUUACACUGCUAAGUGCUUGUGAAAACAGGAAGUGCAAUAGGGAAAUCUUUGCUCAUCAGACCACUUGUUUCAAGUUAUUCUAUCGUAUUAAGCACCACUUUUGGACUACAUCCACAUGGGAAGUAUAAGAAAAUUAUACUAUGUCUUCUAAUUCACAGUCGUUAGAGAUGCACAUCCUUUUUUAAGGCAUUGUUGCAUCAGUCACCUUCUGGACUUUGUAUAUGCUUUUAAAACAGGUAACUAUAUCACUAUAAGUAGAAAUCAGGUAAUUUCAGCAUAAAAUGCAAAAUAUAUGCAUUUCAUUUUUAAAGGGAUAGGAAGCUACAUGCAGUAACUUUUGUCAGGCUGGCUUUUUUUUUUCUUCUAGAUCACAUUUAUGAAAAUCUUUUUGUGAUUUAUUCUGUUCUCGACAAAAUCAUUCAUUUGGACCCCAAGGCACACUGCCUUUAAGAAAUUAUUUUCUAGGUUUCAGUGCCAUACACAGUACAUAACCAUCCCUGCAGAAGAAAAGGACAAUCAAACACGGAAGAGGAGAGGGGCAUGCUUUUUUGAGAGGUGUAUCAAAGAAGAGCCCUGAUCCUUUGCAGUAUUAUCUCCUAUAGCAAGAAUCUUUCCAAGUGACAAGCAACUUCCAAGAGGCAAAGUUGGAACUUUGAGAGUUUUGUGGUCCAGUGGAUCAGCGGUGAACGAGCAGCUCUCAAGAGUUUCUAUUACUUCACUUCACUGAGAAGGGACCAUGCUUCAGCAAGCGAGAACAAGCUGCUCACUGUAGUAAGCAGGGAACCAUGCUUCGAGGGGACAUAUCAAAUAAGUGCUCAGUAACACUGCUGGUACAUUGAAUUAAG